GAGGAGGCCGCGCCAGUGACAGCGAUGGCGGCGGAGUCGGCGCUCCAAGUUGUGGAGAAGCUCCAGGCGCGCCUGGCUGCGAACCCGGACCCCAAGAAGCUAUUGAAAUAUUUGAAGAAACUUUCCAUCUUACCUAUCACAGUAGACAUUCUUGUGGAGACUGGGGUAGGGAAAACAGUGAACAGCUUUCGGAAGCAUGAGCAAGUAGGAAACUUUGCCAGAGACCUGGUGGCCCAGUGGAAGAAGCUGGUUCCAGUAGAGCGAAAUAGUGAGGCCGAGGAUCAGGAUUUUGAGAAGAACAAUUCCCGUAAGCGUCCCAGAGAUGCUCUUCAGAGGGAGGAGGAGUUGGAGGGGAACUACCAGGAAAGCUGGAAACCCUCUGGUAGCCGGUCCUACAGCCCUGAGCACAGACAGAAAAAACACAAAAAACUUUCUGAGCCUGAAAGGCCUCACAAAGUGGCUCACAGUCACGAGAAGAGAGAUGAAAGGAAGAGGUGUCACAAAGUGUCACCACCAUAUUCUUCAGACCCCGAGUCAUCUGACUAUGGCCAUGUUCAAUCCCCUCCACCUUCAAGUCCUCAUCAAAUGUAUACAGACCUCUCCAGGUCCCCAGAGGAGGACCAGGAGCCCAUCAUCUCACACCAGAAGCCAGGAAAAGUCCACAGUAAUACCUUUCAGGACAGACUAGGGGUUAGUCACCUGGGUGAACAAGGAAAAGGGGCUGUUAGCCACCACAAGCAGCACAGAUCUUCACACAAGGAGAAGCACCCUGCAGAUGCCAGAGAGGAUGAGAAGAUCUCUGCUGUGAGCAGAGAGAAGUCACACAAAGCCUCUUCCAAAGAGGAAAGCCGAAGACUACUGUCAGGGGACAGUGCCAAGGAGAAGCUGCCCUCUAGUGUUGUUAAGAAAGACAAGGACAGAGAAGGCAGCAGUCUCAAGAAGAAGUUUUCACCUGCCUUAGAUGUUGCUUCAGACAACCACUUUAAAAAGCCCAAACACAAGGACUCCGAGAAAGCCAAAUCUGACAAAAACAAGCAGAGUGUAGAUGGCGUGGACUCAGGACGAGGGACAGGAGACCCAUUGCCCAAAGCCAAGGAGAAAGUUCCCAACCACCUGAAGGCUCAGGAGGGGAAAGUAAGAACUAACGCAGAUGGAAAGUCAGCAGGCCCGCUCCACCCUAAAGCGGAGGAGACAGAUGUGGACGAUGAGUUUGAGCGGCCCACGAUGUCCUUCGAGUCCUACCUCAGCUAUGACCAGCCCCGGAAGAAAAAGAAGAAGGUUGUGAAAACGUCCAGUACAGCACUUGGAGAAAAAGGACUUAAAAAAAAGGACUCUAAAAGCACUAGUAAAAACUUGAACUCAGCUCAGAAAUUGCCCAAAGUCAACGAAAACAAGUCAGAGAAGUUGCAGCCAGCUGGAGCCGAACCCACCAGGCCUCGAAAGGUCCCUACUGAUGUGCUGCCAGCAUUGCCAGACAUCCCCUUACCUGCCAUUCAUGCCAACUACCGGCCCCUUCCUUCCCUUGAGUUGAUUCCCUCCUUUCAGCCAAAGCGAAAAGCUUUCUCUUCACCCCAGGAAGAAGAAGAAGCUGGGUUCACAGGACGCAGAAUGAAUUCUAAGAUGCAGGUGUAUUCUGGUUCCAAGUGUGCCUAUCUCCCCAAAAUGAUGACAUUGCACCAGCAGUGUAUCCGGGUGCUUAAGAAUAAUAUUGACUCUAUCUUUGAAGUAGGAGGAGUCCCCUAUUCUGUUCUUGAACCUGUCUUGGAGAGGUGCACACCUGAUCAGCUCUACCGGAUAGAGGAAUGCAAUCAUGUAUUAAUUGAAGAAACAGAUCAGUUGUGGAAAGUUCACUGUCACCGAGACUUUAAGGAAGAAAGGCCAGAAGAGUAUGAGUCCUGGAGGGAGAUGUACCUGAGGCUUCAGGACGCCAGAGAGCAGCGGCUGCGCCUGCUCACAAACAACAUCCGCUCUGCUCAUGCCAAUAAGCCAAAGGGACGACAAGCAAAGAUGGCUUUUGUCAACUCUGUGGCCAAGCCACCAAGAGAUGUCCGAAGAAGGCAGGAGAAGUUUGGAACCGGGGGAGCAGCUGUUCCUGAGAAAGUCAGGAUAAAGCCAGCGCCAUAUACAACAGGAAGCAGCCAUGUUCCUGCCAGCAACAGCAGCAGCAACUUCCACUCCAGUCCUGAGGAGCUGGCCUAUGAUGGGCCCAGUACUAGCAGUGCCCACUUAGCUCCUGUGGCCAGCAGUUCUGUUUCCUAUGAUCCCAGGAAACCAGCUGUGAAGAAAAUUGCUCCGAUGAUGGCCAAGACCAUUAAAGCAUUCAAGAACAGAUUCUCCCGGCGAUAAACAGGACUUGCCUUGGAGGUUGAGUCUGGAAGCAGGAAUACAGGGACGGUGGGGACAGGAGAAGAGGAUAUCUACAGAAGACCCAUAUCUUUUGCUUUGUGGAACUUUUGGCCUCUUGACUCCUGUACACUUCCAUGUGUCCCACUGUGUGCCUCAGCCCUGCACCCUGCUUGUAGCACACUUCAGAUUUCUGAAGACAGUAUGAGCCUCAGUCCUACUGAGGACUUUAAGAUCAGUUAUACUUUUGUUGCUAAUUAGCAUCUUUGUAAACUAUAAGACAUAGUUUUAAUAAUAAAUAUUGCCCCCAGAUGUAUUUAUAAUAACCCCAGGGUUUUUUGUUUUUUUUUUUCCUUUUUUUUGUUUUUUUCUUUUUGUCCUCUAUAUUUAGCCUUUUACUUUCCAGGUCCUUUAUUAAAGUUAGAUGAGCCUAGCAAAAGCCAUUCUUGUCCUGGGUCAGCUCUUCUGAGUAGACACUGGUCAAAGGGCACCUUCAGAGCCAGUGUGUUGCUCCAAGCCCAUAUACAGGGCCAGGAGUGAGAGUGCCAGAAUGCCUGUCCUCCAGCGAGCCUCCCUGUUAAACCCUCAGAGUUCCUUGAUGGGCGCUUUUCUUUCUUCAGUAGUGUUUGCUAAAGAAGGCUGUUUGCAAAGUCUAUAGUCCUUUGUGCAUCAUCUUCAAAUCACACUCCUCUUCCCUGUUUUCAGGCUUGCUGGAGGACAGACCCUUAAGAUAUGAAUUUAUGUAGGACCUCAGCAGUUUUAUAAUCCUAGUUUCUGGUUCAGUAUUUUACAUACACACCUGCCCUUAUUUUGCCUUUCCCUGCACUGUGGGGAAACAGACAUAGCAGGGCUUUUGUAGCUCUGAGUGUGAUUUUGGGGGGUUGAAAUGCCAGCACUUUAUUCUCUUGUUCUCUAUGAAUUCCUACCAGGAGUGAAUGAUUUAAAGCACUGUAGUGCUGUGGAACUUGCUUUUGUUUGAAAGGAAAGGUGCUGAUGUGCCCAGAGGAACGGUAUUGUGCUGUGGCCAGCAGAGAACUCUGUGCAGCCUCCGCCUUCUGAGUGUUGGCCUUGGGAAGGGUGGAUGGUCACCCUGGUCCCAGCCAACCAGUUCAGGAGGAAGAUUCCCUAUUUCUAGGUCGCAUAAGGGCAAGGUUAGAGCUAGGAGGAUAGUGCCAGCUUCUUCCUUCCUGUCAGAAAACGUGGAAGAGGACUCAAUUGGCUAUGAGCCAGGUGAAAGACACUAUGAACUUGAGGGGACAGACAGCACUGGCACUGUGCCUAUCCUGUUUUAGCACCCUCAAGACCUCAGGCUAGUGAAGACUCCCAAGGCAGUCCAGGAAACCUGCACAGAUAAAGCUAGGCCCACCUUACUGUGCAUUGCUAUGCUGGGUCCCUGUUGCCAUGGGACACAGGUAUUGCUAAGUAAAACAUUGUUUCUCUUGGUUGCUUGUUUCACCAUACCACCUCUCAGCCUGACCUCAAACUCUAACAUCAGGUCUCUUAGCUGACGUUAAAGGGACAUUUGUACUAGGAGCCAGGCCCCUGCUGUCUAGAACAGCCUCCUUUCUAGGUGUUGACCACCUCAGAUUUAUGCCUUAGCUGUGUUUCAAGACUUCCCUUUGCCAUUUUUUCCUAUUGCAGGUUCGAUUGUGUAUGAUUUAAUUCCCUUUAGGAAUUUGUAGGCCUAGGGAAAGAAAGGACAUGCAUUUGCCCGUCCCAAUGUCAGCAUCUGGUUUGGCACACAAAGAUUUCUGAGGCACCCAGUUUACCUAGAGCCAGAUUUUCUAGCCCUUCAAGAGUGUCUGUGUCAGGGAUAGGACUGCUGAGAACAGUGAGGGCCCAGUGAGCAGCUGUCUCCACAGUCCCUCACCCCAUGCACAAUGGCCACAAAGCAGACACAGUCAUGUUCAACUUUUGGUCACAUUUGUGAAGACUCGUGCAAUGUUUUCUGUGCUACACUACAUACAGGUCACACAUGAUGGACUAGCCCUUUACAUACAGAUGACACAUACAGAAUAGCCCUUUGCGAUCCUUGGCGUUCCAAGGGCUCUCAGGGGCUCACUUUCUCUGUUUUGGAGGCAGGAGGAGCAGGAGUGAGCACCACCCUGCUCUGCAUUUGUAUUUUGGUCCCAAAAUGUAAAUACAAUUUUCUAUGUUACUUUUUUGUGGUAACUACAAGAUGAAUAUUUUAAUUAGAUAAGUUAUACAAAAAGGAAAAUCCCAUGUCUAAAUAAAAAGCAAAAAAAUUC